UGGGGUACCCUAAGAGACAAAACUAAGCGAGAGGGAUAGUGUGUUGUGAGUGAGGCGAGUGGAGGUCCUCACCCGGCCCCUUUGCGCAAAACUUUAACUAAAUGUGCUUUGGAUCAGUGAGAAAUACACCACGGAGACUAAAAGUGACCCAAUAACCCCGAUAUUAUUCGUUAAUUAUUUAAAUUUAUUUAUAGACAUUCGUACGUUAUAAUCUGUGAAUUGAUGGAACGGCUUCGUGGAAAAACUUGACUAUUAAUAACAUAUUUGAAUAUUAAAAAUUCAGCAGCGGUCAAGUGUCAGUUUGUGUGACCUUUUCGACACUUUGAGUAUCCUUGUGAUUGAGCCAAUCAUCAGCAUCGUUGUGGUGAUUUCAAUAGGAUUAAAUAUUAUCUCAGUCUUUCAACCAGUUGCCGGGUUUUUUCUUCACACAGUGCGCUUGCGCGGUAGCGACGGCGCAGGCGCAAUUGCCAGACAGCGGAAGAAACAAACAUUGAUGAAUUAGAAAGCGAAAGUGAAGGCGCUCUUAAUCCCCGAAAAAAUUUUUCUCUAAUCCCUUGGCUGGAAUAUUAACGAGUGAUAAUUAAGGGAUAUUCUAAAACACCGAAUACCCGACCAAAGUAUUCCUACAAUAAAUUCAAGUGCAACCUCAAGAACAUCUAUUGCAGAAAGUUGUGUGUGAAUAAUAAUAAUUCCCCGAUGGACUAUCUUCACCUGGAGAUUUGAUCAAUUUUCAUAGGCCGAAUGGGGGGCAGGGAAAAGUGUCAAGAUAGCAAGUGUUGGUUCACUCAGUUCACUCUUGUAUUUCGUUCGCUUCAGGGGAAGAGAAGUAUCACGGCAACCGUGGCACGGUGUUAACUUCAGUUAGCUCUCCUUCUUGGCCUGCGCGCUUGUUUUACUGUUGUGUAAGAGCUGAAAGUAAAAGUUGAAACCACUGACUUACGGCUGAGAGAGAGAGAGAGAAUACAACAGCGGGCCGCGUGAGCGCGUUAAAAUUCAAUUCAACUGCACCAGCGAUAAUACCAACUAUAAAAUACCCGAAUAUACUGGUGAAAAGGCCUGUGAAAAUAAUCAAGCUGCGAGUGAAAAAAAAAAUAUAUAUAAUAUAUACAUUAUAUAUUUAAUCAGCAUCAUUGAUCAAGCAGUGAGGUGAUAUGUGUCCUUGAGUGUGGAUAAAAUAGAAAGAAAGCAUUUGACGUUUGAAAAAAAUAAGAGGAGGUGGAAUGCUCGUUGAUGAUCCACAUUGCGUAACCGGAACGUAACACGAGAGCCAACGCACAAAACGAGAAAGAAAGAUAGCAUUGCGCGACGUGUCGAGGACGAGGACACUUCAACAAAACAAAAAGGAGAAUAAAAAAAACAAGACAGGCUCUUGGCCAGCGGUGGGAGGGAAAAAAUAAGAGAGGAAAAUAGAGAACUGUUUGAUAAGCUUGCAAUAGUGGUUCAGUGCUGGGGAAAUCAAGGAGGUUGUUGUGCACUUUGUGGCGUUUCGAUGAAUGCCUCGAGGAAUCAAUCUAUUCCACGAAACUGAAGUCAAAGAAAAUAGCAACAGGAUUGGUGAUUUUAGUCUCAUCGUUAUUCGAAAUGGGCAGUAUGGAUACAGUAGUGAGCCCAGUAGUGGUACGGUGGUACAGUGUCACGUGUAUUCACGUGUACUGAAGAGGUAAUAGUGAGAUCAUCGACGGAAGUGAAUUGGAGUUUCGGGUACCGGAAGUUCUCCUGGUCUGACUCUUGGAUCUGGAUUGUGGCUGUUCAACAUUUGUCAAUAAAACGUGGUUUUUUUUUUGUCAUUGAUAUUAUACCAAGACUGACUUUUACUUCGAGUAUAACUGAGACAGAGAGGAGAGUUUCGUAAAAGGGAUUACAAAAUCGACAGUGGCAAGAAGUGAGAAACUACGAGAUUGAAAGAGAAGGAGACCUCAAAGAGUGGGAGACAGUGAGAACGGGGGGAGUUGUAUGUGUGCAAGGAAAAGAGAAAGAAUUGGUCGUGGGGAAGCUAACGUGGGGAAAGUGAAGUUGCGGCAGCGUUGAUGUGUGACUUGAAGAGACGGUGAAAUUUUUUUUUCUCUCUCUACAUGUGAAGAAAUAUAAAAAAAAAAAAAUAUUAAGCCAUCAUUGGAAAUUCCACAGUUUCGAGGGGAUAAACGCACUAUUCUCAGACAUUAAAAGCUGGAGAAAAAGGUUAGCGAGUGAAUGAGGUAAAAAAGCAAACGUGUUGGCAUUUUUUUUUCUUAUAUUAAAUAAAAAAGUCCACGCGAAAGGAUAAGAGAAAGGAAUAGGAGAGACUUGGAGUGUUGAGUCCUUGAGAGUACCCAACGGGUAAAAGUGCUAGAGCCAACACAGCCGGCUGACCCUGGGGAAGCCAGGACCGGAGAGAGAGAAGAAGGAGGGAACACCAAUACCGUCACAUCAGCGUUGUCAGUUGGUGUGAGAAGAGCCCGAGGAAAUCAAAUAGAAGGAAAAUAUCAACAAUUUUUUUUUGUUUUUUUUGUUUUACUCCUCAUCUCUUGAGGAUUAUUUUCACGGUUAUGGAUGUGCUCGUUCAUCAGUGGUAUUUAAACUCGGGAGUGUGAGGCGUCCCGGAAGGGACAACAGAGAACCGGAAGUGAGGGUGAAAGUGUCAAAAAAAGUGUUAAUUCCUUUCAAUGAUUUUUUUUGUUCUACUUCUGGGGAAAGGAUAAAUUUGAAGGAAGUGGUUAAAUUCUCUUUGUGAUCUCGAUUAAGUGAUAGUUGGGGUAAUUUAUACAAUUUCUUGGCCAAGGAUAAAUAGAUGGGAUAAGUUAAACGGUUAAGUACAAUUCCAAUGUAUCUCACGUGUUGGCAUUAUCUCGUGAUCUCCGAAGAAAAGAGAGAAAUUAGUGUCAAUGGAUAUUCAACGUAACGUAAAAAUGUUGUGGGACUCCUCGAGAGAGUCUUGAGGGAUUUGGAUUUAAUUGUUCUUGCACCAGUUGAUUUGAUCACUGAUUAAUCAGAGUGGAUAAUUACCUAUUACGUGGACAAUAACGGAGGAUUUCAAUCAAGUAAUUUCCUAUCACUCACAACGAGCUGCCAAUUCAAUUCGUAAUAAACAAAUACAAUGUAUACAGACGGUCUUCUGACACUCCACUAUGGGAAACACCCCGCCACCUUGGCCGCUGAGGUUGGCGCAUGGUACAGCGGUGAUCGUCACGUUGAUGUGACACUAGCAUGUGACGACGGCUCGGUUGUGAGAGCUCAUCGUGUUGUUUUGGCGGCAGCUAGUCCACUAUUGGCUAGUCUCCUUCGUAAUCCAGCCCUUGAUCAUGUUGUUCAUUUGUCUGGAGUUAGGAAGACACAGCUGAAUCAUUUACUUGAAAUUUUGUACAAUGGAGAAGCUGUGAUACCUUCAGCGGAAUUGACGCCCCUACGUGAACUCUUUGACCUUCUUCAAAUAAAAUCGGCGCUUUUCGAUCCCAAUCAGCCUCACACAUCAUCCGACUCGGAUCAACUGAGGAUAACUACACCGCAGCCAUCGGACAGUCAAGAGAGCUCCAGUUAUGAGUCACAGUAUGAAAAACGAACGUCGAAUAACCCUGCUGAUUGCUGUUCGGUGCUCAUCAAGAGUGAGGGCUGUGAUGAAGACGAAGUAGAACAAGAUGUUGACGUCGAGGGAAUGGAGGGGGAUGUUAUGUUAUCGGAUAAUCGAGAAAGUAAUAUCGAACCUCCCCGGAGAAGGGAUAGCUCGGAUCCAGUCAAUCUCAGCCUCAACUCUGGUACAUCGACGAAGAGCGAAAGCUCUCAUGACGGAAUACACAGGCCAGAAAAAGCCCCUUUGGAGAGGCGAGAGUCAAUUGAAGAAGCUGAAGAGAGGCGGAGACAGUUAGCAGCACGUUUGUCGUUGGGUCUGGAACCCGGAAAACGAAAAUCCGAAGAAAUACCACUCGCUCCAGCUGAAGCGUACGUGGUAACACCGCAUCGUAAACGUCGACCGGGGUUUCAUAAUUCUCCUGCGCAAAAUACCGCGUUUGUACCAUUCAAUCCGGGGUUUGAAACGCCUAGGAGGUUAACAGCUCCACAUCCACUGAGUGUCUCAGCACCACCAUAUUUACAGGACAGAUCAAUCACGCCACCAGGUGGUUCUCACCGCCCUCCCAGCGCCGAUCCAGCAUCAGUGGCUGGUCUCGAACCCCCUUGGGGUGCUUGGACCCUUCCCCCAGCUCGAGCUCCACCGCCACCCUCCACCGAAGAUCCACCAAAGUGUAAUCCGGUCCGUGAAUAUCGGUGCACCUACUGUGGAAAACAAUUCGGCAUGUCCUGGAAUUUGAAGACUCACUUGCGAGUACACACCGGAGAGAAACCAUUUGCUUGUCGACUCUGUGUCGCCAUGUUCAAGCAAAAAGCCCACCUAUUAAAACAUUUGUGCUCAGUUCAUAGAGGGGUCAUAGCGGCUCCUGACAACACAUUCACCUGUUGUUUCUGUUCAUUGAGUUUCGAUAGUCUUCAGGAGCUUAUCAGGCAUUUGUCAGGACCGCACAACAAUCUUUUAUUAAGUAAAAACCUUCACGAAUAGCGACGAUAACCAAGGUCCAUCCCGUCAAAUCUAAAACAUAACCUCCCCAGUUAAUUUAUAUGAUCUAUAAAUUCUUGAAUAUUUUAAUUAUGUUUUUCAUUAUCUUAGGAUGGAAAAACCGGGAUCGACCUUGUGCUUCGUUAAUAACGAGUUCAAUACUCGCUAAUGAAUUGUAUAAAGAGAUUGAAUAUUGUUUGAAAAAAACAAAAAAACAAGUAAACAAUCAUGACGCACCAUGAAUAAGUGAGAUAAUUUCGAUGACUUUUAAAGAAAACUACGUAACUCAGAAAACAUUUCGAGAAUAAUGCAUUUCGAAGUCGCGCUCUAAUCUACAGUUGUGCACUGACAUUAUCUAUCAUUUUAAUUCUCAGAGAUGAUAGAAAUUAAGUAAGAUGAAUAGAAUAUAGAGCUAGCAGCAAUUCCCAAAUUUAUGCAAUUUGUCAGAUUGCUUAAAAAAAUCGUUCAAAUCGUUCUCGAUAAAUCACGGCUAUCGAUAUUGUCAGGAUUUGUUAACUCAUAUUUAUCUGCUGCUGCAGAACGUUAUUGUCCAUAACCUAAUGACUAUAAUUAGUCAAUUUUUUCAUAGAAUUUAAUGAACAGAUUUCCCAAUUACUCGGAAAAUUUAUGUUGACAGAAAUGGCAAUUGAACUGACCAAAAUUAUGUGAUCAUGACAUCAGGAAAUGUCCCAUGUAGCAUAUGAUUGGUCGAGUAUGAAGUCAGUUGAGAGUUGUCAAUCUCAACUGGCGCAGACUUGCCACAAGAUCGGGUUAUGUCGGUUCCAAUCGUUUUCCGUGGCGUCACAAACGAUUGCAAAGCCUUUGAAAUAACUAUUUUAACCAGUCAAGUAUUUAUUAGUUAGCUAUAUUUAGGGCGUUCAUGAAUGAAAAAUAAAUUUUUCAGCUCCACAUGUUGGCAUUCCACCUCAGUCCCAAUCUAUUAAGAUAAUAUUCGUAUAUUAUCAGAACUAACGAGCUGCGUAUGGAAUAUUUUCUUUCUGCCAUCUCUGAGAUCUAAAGUUUCAAUGAAUAUUGGUGCGAUACUUGAGAUUGGAAAUAUCUUGUGAGUUAUGUAGCUUAUUUACGAGAUAUUGGAUUGGUAAUUUGUUUCUUCCAGCUAGGGAAAUGAAGCGUAGUUUGCACAAUUAGGAUAACAUUUAGACUAAAGUAUUUCAAUUAAUGAAUAAAUAAAAACAAAUCUCCGACAAAAGGCAGAGAGUGAAAAAGCAACCAUCACUUCAUUUCUUCAUUUUUUCCCCCUGCGCCAUAUUGGCUGUUCUCGAACCACAAAUUAGUGGUUAUCACCUCUAAAUAAAUGACAAUAUGAAUUUGCACUUGAUGUCUUGAUCGUGGUUCUCUUGUAAAUAAUGUUACGUAAUUAUAGAUAAAUGAAAAAAAUGGACAUUAUUAUUUAUUUAACACUUUGCAUAGGGACCAACCGACUUUCCACCGAUUUUAUUUUUUCUGUUUAAGUAGUUUUUAGUUGUUCUUUCUGCCCUGUCACUCACCUGUCAAUGAAUUGAGACGCUAGUGAGCUUCUUGAUUCUAAUUAAAUUUUCAUCAUUAACAAGGGGAGGAAGAAAUUCUUGGUUAUCAAUAUAUUUUUUUAUAUCGUGAUUCAAUAACCACCGAAUUAUUUACGUCCAAUAUUGAAGUAUCGGCCUACUCUUGGCGCAUUAAAUUCUUCUGUUUUCAAUAAAAAAAAAAAACAGGACAAUACACCUUCAGUGCCUUGUCUAAUUGGGUCCAAAAUUUUGGAUGAUUGGGGGGGCAGUGAUUUCAUGUGUUCAUAGGCUAUAAGUGUGCACGGAAGUAUAUGCCGGCACAGGAGUAAUGCUCCUAGAUAUUAAUAAUAAAUAAAAGAAUAAAUAAAAACAAGUAAAAGAUUACAAAAAUUGUAGGUAGGUUAUUUUACAAAAUGGUAAUUAAUAUAACGAAUCUGAGGCCCAAUUUCAUCCGAUGUUAGCUAAUUGAGGUUGACACUGUUUUUAGCGUUGACGCAGGACGUCAGAAUAAUUUUCUCUCUCCUCUUCCUACCCAUUUCCCACACUUUCUCGCUCUCAGAUAAGCCUCGAGGUGCCUUUGAAGACUCUGCCUAACAGUAACAAUUGUUCUUCAUUUUUUAAGAGACGACCGCGUUAAAAUCUCAAACUCUCCGGAUAUUAUGGUGACGAUUGUAAAAUUUUGCAGGAAGUAUUGUAAGUUGGAAAGAGUGAAAAAAAGUUCAACCCCCCAAAUUCCCGACGGAUUUCAGGGGUCAAAAUUUAUAGAAAUUCACAAUAAACAAGGGCGUGAUUCUACUUUUUAUUGGUUGAGCUGGAAGUUCGGUUCUACAUAAUAUAGCAUUUCUCGUAUGAUUUUCAGCUUCACGCAUUAGUAACGGAAUAUGUAUACUAUUGUGUGUAAUCGAAAUUUCAACCAAAUUUAUCGAAAGUUGAGCUAUUAGAAUAUUUUCGUUGGAUUUAUCGUCCGUUUUCACUCUUCAAAACCGUCAAAAACUUAUAGAACUCAAUUAAUUACAACUUAUUAUUUAUCAAGGAUUAAUAUUGACCACUGUUACAAUGGUUUCUAUACUAUCCAAACUUUCAAACAACUUCACUGCGACAUUCUCUUAAUUAUUACAUGUCUGGCAGGCUUCGUUGUCAAUCAAUUAUUAAAUAGGCUGUAAUUGGUGAAUGAAAUGUUUUUGUGAAAAUUACGAGAAAAAUAAUUUUUAGAUGAAAAAAAUUGUGAAUGUAAAUUUUUAAUGAAUUUUUAAAUAUUGAAAGAUUGAAAGAAAAAUGUUGGAAAAUUUAUGUGAGUAUUGAACGGGAGGUGAAGAAAAAGAAAAGCGAUUUUUUACGUAAAAAAUGAAGACGUUGGAGAUGAAUAAAUAAAACCCGCUGUGCCGCAAAAUACCCCAGCUGAAUGCAUAAUCAAUAGGCGCACACUAUAAAUGUUAUUUCUAACGAAUUUUUCUUUCCCCCCGAAGCAGUACACCAAAGAUAUGUUCGUAGGGCCGUUUGAGUGAAAUAAUUAAUUAAGUUAUUAUUAUAAUUUACUUCUCCGUUCAUGCAUACCGAGAAGCCAAGAUAACAAUUGAAGAAAAAAAUAUGAUGGAUCGUCAGAUAAUUAAGAGAUAAACUUUAGUAAUGAAACAACAAAGCGCCGAGACCUGAAAAAAAUAGGAUGAAUUUGAAAUACGACAAAUGCCUACGACAGAUCGCUGUACACGCAUAUUAUAAGAAUUACACAAUAAAAAAUGAGAAAAGUGGAAA